AUGCCUGAGAAAGACGAUAAAGCCUAUCAUUUACUUGUCGACGACGAAACAGGCGACUUAAAACCUAAAGUGGAUAAAAUCUUGGAGGAAAUCUUCAAAAACUUUGAUAAGGAUAAAGACAAUAAAUGGAGCUUAGAAGAGAUACAAGCUUUUGCAACAGCUACCAAUGGAAGACCUUUUGAGAAUUCAGUGAUAGAUGAAAUUAUUGAAUCAUUUGAUAUAGAUGAAGACAACAAGCUGAAAUACUCUGGAUUUUACCAAAUGUAUUAUAUGCAGACAAUCUCUGAACCAGAAGAAACCUUGAAGGAUUUUAAAAAACAUGGUUAUGACGAUAAUCUCAAUUUGGUAGCAUCACGUAACGAAGAUAAAGAGGAGGUGUCAGAUCAAAAGAAAGCAGAGGAAAAGCAAUAA